UUGGCGCUUGCGCAUCGUAUUUACACAUGGUCGCCUUGACUUCGCGGUGUUUUCACGUCCCGAUGACAUUAUCACAUGUCAUCUCGUAUAUUUCGUUCCCCGGUUCAAAAUUGGUGGAAAUAAAUAGUUAAUUACGAUAGAGGAAAGUGAUCGGAUAUCUCGGAAUAUUGGGAUCUAUUGGAUUGAUGUGAAUGUGGAAAAUGGUCGGUGGAAUCUCGAGAAAUGGACAGAGAGCGAUUAUUCUGGCUGGCUGUGCCUGUGUUGGGGCCUACGUUGCCUAUUAUUAUUGGAAGAAAAGAGAGCUCAAGGCCAUCGACGAGGGCUUCGAGGACCUGGCGAAGAUCGAUGAUACUCAUGAGCGACGAAUCCUCCUCCUGGGACUCGAUGGAGCUGGCAAAACUUCUGUUAUGAAUCAGGCUGUGGCUGCUGACAGCCAUGGCAAUCUUUAUCAGAUGCCACCCAAACCCACUGAUGGAUUUGCUGUUUACAAACUCCGAAAGGGGGAUUAUGUAUUCAAUGUUUGGGAGAUUGGUGGAGGGGAUGAACCUAGAAAAUACUGGAGCAAUUUCCUACAAGACACAGAUCUGCUCGUUUUCCUAGUCGAUGCUGCUGACUCGGUUAAAUUGUCUCAGGCAGUGCAAAUGCUCAAACAAUUACUUGGGGACCAGAGAAUGGACAAUGUCCCCAUUCUAGUCGUGGCAAAUAAACAGGACGAUCCCCACGCCAUGAAGCCAAACCAAAUAAAAGAGGCCCUCGACCUUUACAGCAUUUCUCCCCAUCAGCAUCGAGUGGAAGUCAUCGGGUGUCAGACAGGACCACUGCCAGACCUGGAACCUGGACUCACAGAAUACAACUGGUAUCACCCAUCCAUCGAAACGGUCAGAAAGAAAAUAUUUUCAUUAUCAACAAUAUCUUGAAUUUUUCAUCGAGGAAAUUAAUCUCUCAGCAUUCCAUUUCGUUCGAGAAACGAAAAAUUCGAUGUUUCAUGUAAUCUGUCCCCUCGAGUGUGUGACGAAAAUUAAUCUGAGAGAAUCAAAAAAAUUAAUAAACUUCGUGUCUAAUUUAAAAAAAAAAACUAAUCAAUGGCUUUACCGAGAACUAACAGAAUCAACUUGUGAAUUAAAAAGAAAACAAUCAAUCCUUCUGAGAUUGAUUAAUGCAGAAGUAAACAUUCUCAAUCAAUAAAUAAUUAUUAUUUUUUCUAGUAGAAGGGGUACUGAACAGGUAUUCAACCCUCAAUCAAAAACGAUAUUAAGAAUAAUUCAUAUAUUCUCUCGAUUACUAAAGAUAUAAACUGAUACUUAUUUACACUUUCGUUUUAUAAUAAAAAAAAAUCAAGUUUGUGAUAUAA